AACGUCCUGAGGAAGGUCCAGCACCAGGAUGCUUUGCAGAUCUCUGACGUGGUGAUGGCUUCCCUGCUGAGAAUGUUCCAGAGCACAGCAGGCUCAGGGGUGGUGCAGGAGGAUGCCCUGAUGGCUGUGGGCACCCUGGUAGAAGUCUUGGGUGGAGAGUUCCUGAAGUACAUGGAUGCCUUCAAACCAUUCCUUGGCAUUGGGCUGAAGAACUAUGCUGAGUACCAGGUUUGUCUGGCCACAGUGGGCCUGGUUGGGGACUUGUGCAGGGCCCUGCAGUCCAACAUCCUGCCUUUCUGUGAUGAGGUGAUGCAGCUGCUCCUGGAGAACCUGGGGAAUGAAAACGUCCAUAGGUCUGUGAAGCCUCAGAUCCUCUCUGUCUUUGGUGACAUUGCCCUUGCCAUUGGAGGGGAGUUCAAGAAGUACCUGGAUGUUGUCCUCAACACCCUGCAGCAGGCUUCCCAAGCCCAGGUUGAUAAGUCUGACUAUGACAUGGUGGACUACCUGAAUGAGCUGAGGGAGGGCUGCCUGGAAGCUUACACUGGCAUCAUCCAGGGCCUGAAGGGAGACCAAGAAAAUGUUCAUCCUGAUGUGAUGCUGGUGCAGCCCAGAGUAGAAUUUAUUCUGUCUUACAUUGACCACAUUGCUGGAGAUGAGGAUCACACUGACGGGGUGGUGGCCUGUGCUGCUGGACUCAUAGGGGACUUGUGUACAGCCUUUGGGAAAGAUGUCCUGAAAUUAGUAGAAGCUAGACCCAUGAUCCAUGAACUGCUAACUGAAGGCAGGAGAUCCAAGACGAACAAAACGAAGACCCUCGCGACCUGGGCGACGAAAGAGCUGAGGAAGCUGAAGAACCAAGCUUGAUCUGGUUUACCAUUGCCACCUGAGCUGGGGAGGAAAAAAAAAAGAA